AUGGCUGAGACUUCGACCGUCAUCUCCAACACGGAGAACCUCAUGAAAUACAUGGACCUCCCCCAGAAGGGUCACGUUCAAGCAGAGUACGUCUGGAUUGACGCCGUUGGUGGUUGCCGUUGCAAAACCAAGACCCUUUCGAAACCAGUCACCUCUGUCGAUGAGCUCCCCGAAUGGAACUUCGAUGGUUCGUCAACCGGCCAGGCCGGUGGUGACAACUCCGAUGUCUACCUCCGCCCCGUUGCUUUCUUCCCCGAUCCCUUCCGUCGUGGCGACAACAUCCUCGUCCUCUGUGAAACCUGGGAUUCGGAUGGUACCCCCAACAAGUUCAAUUACCGCCACGAAGCCAACCGUCUGAUGGAAGCCCACUCCAAGGAAGACUGGUGGUUCGGUCUGGAACAGGAAUACACCCUCCUCGGUACCGACGGCUGGCCGUACGGAUGGCCCAAGGGUGGUUUCCCCGGUGCUCAGGGUCCUUACUACUGCGGUGUUGGUACUGGCAAGGUAUACUGUCGUGACAUCGUCGAGGCUCACUACCGUGCUUGCUUGUACGCCGGUAUCAAGAUCUCCGGUAUCAACGCUGAGGUCAUGCCCUCGCAGUGGGAGUACCAGGUCGGACCUUGCAACGGCAUUGAGAUGGGUGACCACCUCUGGAUGUCCCGUUUCUUCCUCCACCGUGUCGCUGAAGAGUUUGGUGUCAAGAUCUCCUUCGAGCCUAAGCCCGUCAAGGGUGACUGGAACGGUGCCGGUCUUCACACCAAUGUCUCGACAGCCUCGAUGCGUGCCGACGGUGGUAUGAAGUUCAUCGAAGCCGCCAUGAAGAAGCUCGAGGCCCGUCACGUUGAGCACAUUGCCGUCUACGGUGAGGGUAACGAAGAGCGUCUCACUGGUCGUCACGAGACCGGUAACAUCGACAAGUUCAGCUACGGUGUUGCCGACCGUGGUGGCAGCAUUCGUAUUCCCCGCCAGUGCGCAAAGGAUGGCAAGGGUUACUUCGAGGACCGCCGCCCUGCCAGUAAUGCUGAUCCUUACCAGAUCACUGGUAUCAUUGUUGAGACUCUCUGCGGUGGCAACUAA